AGCAGCAGCCUAUACCAGAUCAGAAUCCGGAAGCAAUCUUUGCCAACAAUGAACUCUCCCUAGCGAAUAUAGAAAUCUACGGAUUUGAUUAUGACUAUACCCUUGCCACAUAUACUCCGGAGCUGCACAAACUUAUCUUUACCCUGGGAAGGGAUGCCCUGGUGAAUAAAUUAAGGUAUCCUGAAGGUAUUUUGGAGCUUGAAUAUGAUUCAGAAUUUGCUGUAAGAGGGCUCCAUUAUGACAUUAAAAAGGUAAAACAUGGACCUAUGCAUCAGAUGGUUGAUCUUUUUGCAUUGCCUGAAAUCACUCUUAUAUCUUUGGUUACAGAGUAUUUUCUCACCAACAACAUCACCUAUGACUCAGAGUAUGUGUUUUACGACAUUCGAAAUACAGUUCAGAGCAUACACACGUCAGGCGUCCUGCACCAGGCCAUUUUAAAAGACCUAGAUGUCUACCUGUACUCAGACAAAUGCCACGAGACCAAACUGUUGCUGGAAAACCUGGCAGGUGAGGGCAAGAAGCUGUUCCUGGUCUCCAAUAGUGGGUUUCCUUUUAUAGAUCAUGGGAUGAGGUACAUGGUUGGAAAUGAUUGGCUGGACCUGUUUGAUGUGGUAAUAGUCAGUGCCAGAAAACCCAAGUUCUUUAAAGAAGGCUCCAGACCAUUUCGGGUCUAUAACGUGGAGCAGAAGGCACCAGAGUGGGGACCUGUCACCAGUUUGAAGAAAGGCACAAUCUACCAUCAGGGAAAUCACAAGGAGUUGCAGAAGAUGACCGGCUGGUACGGGCCAAAAGUGCUUUACUUUGGUGAUCAUGUUUAUAGUGACCUUGCAGACCCAUCCUUAAAGUAUGGUUGGCGAACAGGAGCUAUAAUUCCAGAACUUGAGGCUGAAAUCCAGAAACAAAACUCAGAAGUGUACAAAGCCAAUGUGCGGUGGCUGGUAGCGCUGCAGCAUUUGAUAGAUGAGAUGCAGCAUCAGAAUUCAUCAGAAUCGACUGAGGUGAUCAACUCUUGGCUAGAGGAGAGAAAUGAACUGAGGAAGUUGACAAAAUCCUUAUUCAACCCACACUUUGGCAGCUUGUUUAGGACAUAUCACAACCCGACAUACUUCUUUCGGCGUUUGGCCAGAUUUGCAGACAUUUACAUGUCAAGUCUGACAAACUUGUCAAAGUAUUCCACAAACUAUACGUUCUACCCUCACCGUAUUUUGCUGCCUCAUGAGCCGAGCUUGUACUCUACACGCUGGGGUCCAGGAAGCAACAUUGAAAGUGAAUGA